CGGGGUGUUUUGGCAGGUGACCAUGGCUACUUUGCGCAGACUGCAGGAGGCGCCACGACAUUUGCUGGUGUGCGAAAAAUCCAACUUCGGCCAUGGCAAGUCUCGGCACCGGCAGCACGUGCAAACGCACUACUACAACUAUAGGGUAUCAUUUCUGAUUCCUGAAUGUGGGAUACUAUCAAAAGAACUGAAAAACCUUGUCAUGGAGAUUGGACCAUACUACUUGGUGAAGAAUUUACCUCUUCAUGAACUAAUCACACAUGAAUUCAUUAAUAAUUUUGUGAAAAAAGGUUCCUGUUAUGCCCUAACAUACAAUACAAAUAUUGAUCAAGACAAUAUUGUGGGCCUGUUACCCAAUGGAAAACUAAUUUUGUCCCUGGAUAAGGACACUUACGAAGAAAUUGGACUUCAAGGUUGCCCUUCUCAGUACUCUGGUAGAAAAGUCAUGAGAUACAUUGUUACCCUUGAUUUAAUGGAUUCAUCCUUCAAUCCUGAAUCCAAGAAGUAUAAAAGAGCAUCUUGGGCCUUGAAUGAAAAGAAACCACUGAAAUUCAAUUUCCUUCUGGCUUGGUAUCAUGAAGGUGCAGAAGAGUCAACAACAGUGAUGUCGUAUUUUUCCAAAUACCAAAUUCAGGAGCAUCAGCCAAAAAUAGCAUUGAGCACAGUAAGGGAUCUUCAGUGUCCAUUGCUACAGAGUGGAGAACUUCAGGGGAAGUCUGAAGAAUCAUGCAGUGCACCAGAAUUCUUUGACUGGCUUGGCGCCGUCUUCAGUAAUGUGGAAUUAAAUAAUCAGUCAUUCAGUUUUGUAUCAACCUAUUCCUGUCCUCAACCAAGUACAUUGGUGGAAAAAGCUUAUUUGUGCACAAUCACUGGCUUCAUAGUCUCUGAGAAGAUAUACCUAUUACUGGAACAGCUGUGUCACUACUUUGAUGACCCAAAGUUAACUCCUUGGGUCACCUUGUGUGUCCAGGGCUUUGCAGAUAGCCCUGUGUCUUGGAGAGAAAGUGAACAUGGAUUUCGAAAAGGGGGAGAACACUUGUACAACUUUGUUGUUUUCAGCAAUCAGGACUACUGGCUUCAGAUGGCUGUGGGGGCCAAUGAUGACUGUCCACCAUGAGAAUAAACAAAGCUGCCUGUGACUUUUUUUUAAUGGUAAA